CCGACGCCAAAAUCACACACCGCUCUCGGAGUCUGUGACGGAAUGACUUUUGGUACACCGCGGCGCGUUCUCCAGUACUCUCAUCUACGUUGAAACACGACCGUGAACGAUGAACCGAAAAAAAAUGGCAUCGAUUUUCGCAUUAUUGGCCGCGAUAUGCGUUUGCACAGUAUCCGGGAUAACAAACAACUGCACCAAGACAUUCAAUGUGGUCGCGCCCAAAGUGGCGGUCCCGGGUCAAAGAACCGCGGUACUGGUCAGCUGGAAUCCUGCGUGCAGUCCCAAGGACGUGACUUUACGGCUGCUUCGUCAGAUACCGGUGACCGAGCAACAACGAGCGGCCGACGAUGAUGUUUUGUCCCACAACACCGUCACCAUACACGGUGACGGAAUCAUACCACUGACUGUGCCUACACAGACGCCCGACACGUGUUACCUGCAAACGCUGACCGACUGUGUGAACGGUACCACCAACUGUACACUGCAAACUACGUCUCGGCUGCAACUGGUCGGAUCGGUGCGCGACGUUAUCGUACAGACUUCCAGCAAGUUUUACAAGCCCGGCGAAACCAUCGAAUUUUGGCUUUUACCAUUGGACCAUUAUCUGCGGAUUUCCGACGAUGUAACCAUGGACGUUUACAUCAAAAACCCAAAGGGCACAAGAGUAGCACUUUGGGACGACGUUCCAUCCAGCCACAGUGCCCCAUUUCGCUUCGUGUUAUCUGAGUUGGCUGUCAUCGGUGAAUGGACGGUAGAAGUGGCCACCGAGGGGGUGACAUUCAAGACAGCAGUAAACGUGAGCAACGCGAGAGGUGCUAAUGAUCCACCGAAGCGCGAACAGACAAUAACCGAAGAACACUUCGUGGAGCUGCGAUUCGGGCACGAAAUGAGACACAAAUACAAACCCGGAUUACCUUUUCUUGGAAAAGUCGAAGCUAUGAGUUCAGAAAAAAAUCUCAGAGUUCGCGUUAAAGUAUUCGACAACUCCACUACAAUAUACAGCCAAGACGUUGAAAUAAUUCAAGGCGAGGGAACAUUUGUCGUGCCGGCCAUGCUAUCAGACAAUGAAAUAAUUGUGCUUCAAGCUGAAUUAGUAUCAGUCGAAGGCAAAGAAAUUGAAGGUCAUUACGUACUGGCGAAAGAAUUUAUACAAAAAUGGAACUCAACUUCAGACUGUUACUUGUUGGUCGAAGGAGUUGAACAUACAUUGACGGCCAACGAGGAAGCAGAAGUAGUAGUGCUCUCGUCAUGCCCGUGUAACCGAUACGUAAAUUAUGUUGUAACAACCGAGGGACACGUGGCAAUUUGGCAAAAGUACAAACCAGUAGUGCACAUGACAAAAAUCAUGGAUCAAGUAGACAUUUGCCGAUUCAACUUAACAUUUAAUGUUGAUCCCGUAAUGGCUCCCACUAGUCAUCUAUUGGUUUAUUAUACUACCGAAAAAGGAGAAACUAUAAACGACGUAAUCAGCUUCAAUGUUAAACAAACCGAUCCAAAAGUGAAAAUUGGUUUCAAAGACAAUAAAAACAAUUGGUACCCGGAAGAAAUAAUGGAAAUCAAUUUAAUGGCAGAAGAAAACUCAUUAGUAUGCUUAGUUGGGGGUAGGGGAACAGAAAAUAUCUCACCAUCAAGAAACAUGGAUGAUGAUACAGACCUUCUUGAGUCCGGAUUGUUAUUCUUGGAAAAGCGAUUAGACGGAAAAGUGACGACUUCCAGACAAAGCGAUUUGUACCCCAGGCAUCAUAGCUUUUUGGAUACAUUUUCAAUGGAUCAAUUGUGGACAUGGAAAUGCGUGAAUUUUACGAAUGAUAUCGUGAAAAAGGGCAUGAGCAUUAAUGCACCGAACAAAGCAGGCCAUUGGAUGUUGCGUAUGUUAACAAUCGGCACAACUGGAUUAAAGAUUACUGACACAUUAGACGUCAAAGUCACAAGUUCUUUGGAAGUAGAUGUUCGAACACCGGUAGAAAUAAACGUUGGAGAAACAGUCCAGACAGAUAUUUACGUCGCUAACAAUGUCAAUUCAUGCAUGGACGUAAAUGCGCUACUAUCGUUGAGCGAAGGAGCUGUAUUCAGCAGCUCCAAUCAGCCGUUUGUCGCGGAAAAAAUGAGGCUAGGUGCUUACGGCGCAACGUCAUUAAUCGUUAGGAUUACUGCGUUGAAAGAAGGAUUAAAAAAUCUGACAGUUGAUAUUUCGGGUUACGUGAGUGAAAAAUGUCACUUGAUUAAUGACAACAAUAAAUCAGAACAACUAGAGUUGAACAACUCGACGGCCAGCGUAGUCGUAAAGUCCGUACCGAUCUAUGUGCACCCCGAAGGAAUACAACAUCAGACGACCGACAGCGCUUAUUUCUGUGCUAAUGAACAACUGAUUGUGUCGACAACGUCUGACUUCCGAUACCAACACAUCACGGCACCCAAAAACCGAGACGGUAUCGUAUUCGAGAUACAAGCAAGAAAAAGCGCUCAUAUCCUAUUGAGUCAAGAACGCAAACCGACAUCGAUGAUGUACCAAAUAGUUCUGGGCGACUUGGACAACACCAUUUCAUGGAUAGGUCGCGGAAAACAUGGAAAUGGUGUACAUUUGACGAGUCGCAAUACGCCCGGGAUUUUAUCCGAAGAAGAACCACGCACAUUCUGGAUUAGCUGGGAGAAGGGAGUGCUGGCAUUUGGAUACGGACAGGAAAUCCAUCAGUACCCGUUGUUGAAAUGGAAUAUGGACAAGAAAAUCAAAAUUAACCAUAUCGGGUUCGCGACUAUUCUUGGGACAACAGGGCAGUUCAGGGUGUGGAAUUACAACGAUGAAGCCGGCUUCUCUCAAGUGCUACAUUUGGAAACUCCCAAUUCGUUGAUCACGGGAUCAGAAUCCGGUACGCUGGUCGUGACCGGAGGACUGAACUUCCCUUUCUUCGUACAGAACGAACCCAAAUUCUCCACGAGUUUGGUGUCGUUCCUCUCCACAUUCACGCCACUACUCAUGUCCGAGCACAACAACAACGGCACGGAGGAAAAAUCGUUGGUGGAUUUGUUAUCGAAAAGCAUACCGGUACUGCUGUCGUACCAAAACGCGGAUGGAUCGUUUGGAGACCAUCCAAACGUACCGUGUUAUUGGUGCAAUAUUCGCGUGCUUGAAAUACUAUGGAGAAGCCAAUCUCACGUCGGUGUAGACUCCGAUUUGAUCAAAGGACUAAAAACGUGGAUUCAAAAACAGGUUUUCGACGACUUUUCAACAGUCGUUAGUCAAUCCGACAUGGAACUGAACCAAAUAGUUUGCGCCGCGGAUACUUUAGCCACUCUUAUGGAACUGGGCAUCGAAUCAGAAAUCGAUUCAAAAAUUGCAAAUCGCACUAAAUCGUUCCUCGAGCAACACUUAAAUGCCAUCAUCAAACCAUAUCCACUAGCAAUAACGACCUAUGCAUUAAUGAUAGUAAAUAGCAAUUUCACUAAAAACGCACUGACGAACCUGCAAUCUUUGUCGACCAAUCAAGAGAGUGAAUUCGGCUGGCCUAAAGUACAUCCAACGUCCGAUUGGUAUGACGACAUGGUCCCGCAAAAGAAAGGUGAAAACAUUUCGAUCGACGAGUUCAAAGCUUCGUUAUACUGUUUAAUGAUUUAUUCAGCUAAACGAGAAUUAAAAUCGUCUGAGCCAAUAAUUCGCUAUCUCUAUUAUAGAACUAAGAUAUUAGAUACGUACCCAGAGAUAGCAUAUCUAGCCGUAAAAGCAUUCGCCAUGUACGAUAAGAUUGGAUCGGAUCCUCAUAGGAAAUUGACAAUUUCUUUGGCUACUUCUGGCAUGGAAUUGACCGAUACAUUAGAACUUGACCCCAGCACGAAAUCGCAGUACUUGCAUUUGCCAUCAUUGCCGACAAAAGUUUUCGUCUACGCUACCGGAGCUGGAUGUUCGACAAUUCAAGGAAGAGUUCUCUAUUCUACGUAUACAACCGCAGAAAACGAUAAGAAAGCGUUCAAUCUGUGGUCGGGAGUCACUGAUGUUAUACAACCGAGCAAAGGGUUUACUGAUGAGAUCUACGGACAUGCCAUUACACUGAGACUGAAAACGUGCUUCAGGAUGAACAACGAGACGGAGGACGCCGUACGACUGGAAGUGAAACUCUUCUCCGGCUAUUACUUCGAAAAGAUGUCAUCCGCUAGCGUGUCGGAUGUGCACUACGAUUCACAUUCCAAUCAUAUUUGGUUCGUCUUCGCUAAGGUGAAAACCAGUUGCGUCGUGUGCGUUUCGUAUACGGCCAAGAGCAUGCAAAAAGUGACUGGACUAAGACCGGCCGUGGCCAAAGUCUACGCGAUAUCGCGACCGGACCAAAGCUCGUACAAGCUGUUCCACGUGGACGAGGAACAGAACCCACUGGCCGAAGGAUUAACCGACAUGCAAAUCGCCGAUUGGAUAACUAAUGAUUCCAACGACUUGCCGAUUGAAAACAAUAACCCGUGCAAGUGCAACAAUCACUGUGAAUCGUUAACUACAGAGAGAACUACUCCAGACGGGAAGACGACGACUGAAACCGUUACCCGGAAGAACGGUUUUGGAAACAAUCAGGAAACGUCUACAACGGCCGUGCAGACUGUCACGGAAGUGUUGGUGACACCGAGAAUCGCGACCAUUCCGAUGAAGAGCAAACGGGUACCAGUGAAGUCGACCGGAAACGUGAUGAGGAACAUGAAGAAGCCGAACAAGAAGAAUAACAAGGACAAGGACGCCGGGUCGAAGCACAGGACGGGCGACAACGACUCAGUAGCACCGGGCGUGGAGAGCAAUCCGGAUACUGUGGCGGUAGUGGGCAAAACGGCCACAGGCACGCUGGGCACGAAAACGGCCACGGGAACAUUGGCCGCAGGAACAAUAGUCGCAGGGUCAUUGGCUGCUGGAGCAAUGGGUGGCAAAACGGUAGUAGGAAACGGCACGAGAAACGGUAAGAUAGCCGUGAACGGCACGACGAGCAGACCGCCGACGACGGCAAAGGUCGAUUUGGCAGCGAUCGAUUCGCCGACAAAAGCACCUCCGGUUGACGUAGCAACAUCCGCUAAAGUCAUGCCAUCGACAAAAACCGCUGUCCCGGUGGUAGUUACGAGCGUGCGCACCUUUACCAUUAACCCGACCACCGUUAAGCCUUCGUCCGCCGCAAGAACGACGACACCCGGAACACUUGGCACUACUGUCACGGUGAACAAUAAAACCACCACCUAUCCGUCGCUUAAGUCUAUGACCACUCAAACAUCACGAGCUAUAUCUUCGUCGACGGUCAAGUCAUCUUCGACUUCUUCGCCAACGACCAAAUUGAUAUUGAUGACGACACCAAAGCCAUCCGUUACUACACCGACGAUGACAGCCAAGUCUUCAGCGACAACCAUCAUUCCGAAGGUGACCGUCACCACAACGACGAGAAGCAUGCCGGGACCGUCAGCAACUCCGGUCGCCGACCUCAUUAUGGACGCAGACCGGAAGACCGCCAGCGACGGGAAGACCGACUCCGAUUAAUAUUAAUUACAAUCUCUUAAUAGAACGUUUUUCGCGGUCGCUCGAGAAACAAUAUGAAUUGCUCCAAAACAUGUUUUAUUUUAUUACGUUAUAAACAAACUCAGAUUACCAGUACUGCAAUGAUCCGUGGUAUACAUAAUUUUGAGCGAACUUCCGCUAACUUGCACGUGGGGUUUCAUCUAUAAUAUGAUUUACUUAUUUAUUUAGUUAUAUUUAACUACAAUACCAUUCAGAGUUUAAAUCUUUUUCUUUCCGUUCACGACAGUAUGAUUAAAAUAUCGUCCUCACGACGUAAUUGUACGAUUGUACGUAUGCUGUAAACAUUUUCAUUUCAUUUUUAGUAAACCAUAUCGUCGUCCAAAUAGAUAUGGUUUUCAUUUUUAGCGAAAGUUUUUAAAACAAUGGUGAUAUGCACAAACUGGUAUAUCAACGUAAGCAAAAUUAUGUUAUUUAUAGUUUAGAUGAACCGUUUUUUGACAAUGAGUGACAAUCAAUAGAUUUGAGUUUCAGAUGUUACCUUAGUCUUAUGAACAUUUUUCCGUUUCUGUUUU